UUGUGAUGGAUGAGUUCUCGUUGUGAUGUCAAACAAAAUACUCGCACUUCUCUUCUAAAGAUUACGGUAAGAGAAUAUAGAAACUCCCACUGAGUGAUGGUCAUGGACGUGGAAAGCUCCUCCUCUUCGCUCUGGGUCAUCUCCGGCGCAAUGCAACGGAGUAGUAACAGAAUGUCAACUCUAGCUGUUAUUGCAUAUUCACAGACAUGAAAGAGGAAUAUUGUGCUCCUCCAAAUCAUCAGAACAGUUUUCCACGAUGAGAAUUCAUUGUAAAAUUGUGAUCGCUGUCUGUUUUGGAGUUUUUUUACUUUUGUACUUUUUUGUGGGAAAUGCUGCAGACGAUCCGCCUUUGAAAGAAGUUGAGGAGGAUAACUAUUUUCCGAAGUUCUCGGGGCUUCGAAACAAUGUUGCAUCAAAGUUAACAAAAAAAACUCUCGAUGAACUUCACAUUCCACACAAACAACCACUCACGUACCGAAAAGUAUCGAAAGUAUCCAGUAGAGGCAAUGUGAUCGCAAAGAGACAGAGGAGUGACAUGGGAGUGGGUCGGCCCGCAUCGAAGCGCACCCGUGCUGAGGAGGUCAUGCACCUGGCCGUGGUGGCCUGUGGGAACCGACUGGAUGAGACGCUCACCAUGGUCAAGUCAGCCCUCCUCUUCAGCAUCAAGAGUAUCAAAUUCCACAUCUUUGCAGAGGACCCCUUGACCUCACAGUUUGAAAAGGGGUUUCUCUUUCAGCUGAGCCAGUGGCCCCAUGCUAUCACAAACAAGUUCCAGUACAGUAUAUACCCAAUCACGUUCUCUGUGGGGAAUGCAGAGGAAUGGAAAAAGCUGUUCAAGCCCUGCGCUGCCCAGAGGCUGUUUCUCCCUGUGAUCCUGAAGGAUGUAGACUCUUUACUCUACGUGGAUACAGAUGUGCUGUUCCUCAGGCCCAUGGAUGAUAUGUGGAGUUUCCUCAAGGCCUUCAACACCACCCAGCUGGCUGCUAUGGCCCCAGAGCAUGAGAUCCCUAAGAUAGGCUGGUAUAGCCGCUUUGCACGCCAUCCCUUCUACGGGGUCACCGGGGUCAACUCAGGAGUCAUGCUGAUGAACCUCACGAGGAUACGAAGCACUCUGUUCAAAAACAGCAUGAUAACCAGUGGCCUGUCAUGGGAGGACCUCCUCCACCCACUCUACCAGAAGUACAAGAAUCACAUCACCUGGGGUGACCAAGAUCUCUUAAAUAUCAUCUUCCACUACAACUCAGAGUGUCUGUACACCUUCCCAUGCCAGUGGAACUACAGGCCUGAUCACUGCAUGUAUGGGAGCAACUGUAAAGGAGCUGAGGAGGAAGGCGUGUCCAUUCUCCAUGGGAACCGAGGAGUGUAUCACGACGACAAGCAACCAGCCUUUAAAGUUGUUUAUGAUGCAAUACACGAGUACCCCUUUGAGGACAACUUGUUCCAGUCGCUGUUCUAUCCCCUCCAGACCAAGUUUCUGGACACAGUCAACACCCUGUGUGGUCGGAUUCCCCAGGUUUUCCUCAAACAGGUGGAAAAGUCCAUGAGGACCGUGUACGAGAAGAAAGUGGUCCGUCAUGUGAGGCCUCCACCAAAAUAAUUACAGGAAACUGAACAGAGGAAGUUGUCUCUGACAUCACUAUGGGAAUCUUUCUGUGGAAGAUGUGCAAUGUCAGAAGUCCCCAGACCAGAAGGAAUCCGUAUGCAUUACACGGUGUUUGUAAUACAACAGAUCUUGGUCUAGUGGACAUGAUGGUGGUAUGGAUCAUGAUCGUGUAGAACACGUGUCAAACUCAUUCCACGGUGGGCUGUGUUUGCUGGUUUUCGCUCCUCCCUUGUACUUGAUUGAUGAAUUAAGGUCACUGAUUUAGUAAGGAACUCCCUCUAGGUCUUAAUUGAAAGGAAAAAACAGAAACCAGCAGACAAUUUGCCCUCCAUGGAAUGAGUUUGACACCCCUGGUGUAGAAGGACAGGCACAAUGUACAGUGCUUGUCAAUGAUGCUGUGUUUGGGGUAAACUUGCCUUAUCAUCCACCCACUAAAUGUUUUACAGAACCUGAUUUACAUGUGAAAAUGUGAUGAGAGAUUUUGUGUUUUUUUUUACCUUUAAAAAAAGUCCAAUGUCUCCUUAUGAUUAGGGUAAGUUCCGGUGGAGUAUUAAGUGAGAAUUUAAACAUGGCAGAGGUUGUUUUUGUCAACUUGAUUUUGAGUGUUUUUCUCUUAAAUGAGAAACAAAAAUGUCUUCCGUAAGGCCGCUAUACCAUAGGCUUCUGGAAAUGGUUUGAAAUGGUCCCACUCUGCCUGUAGGUUGCUGCCUAAAUGAUCAUUUUAUGUCAUGCAAAGCUAAUAUGGGUCUUUGCUUAAGCAGAGCUUUCUGUUUAUGUUGCAUGUUGCAAUUGUCCAAAAAUAAAGUGAAUAUGUUACAUCAACAAAAUCCCUUGCAUAGCAGCGACAGGAGGUCUAGUGGUUAAGAGCAGUGGGCCAGUAACCGAAAGGUCGCUGGUUCGAAUACCUGAGCUGCCUAGAUGAAAAAAUAUUUUGAUGUGCCCUUGAGCAAAGCACUUAACCCAAAUGUUUCCUGUAAGUCUCUCUGGAUAACAGUGUCUGCUAACUGACUAAAAUGACUCUCUGUACAAGAGGGAAUAUGAUUAAACUUGUCCAGUUCUCCAAAUGCCAACCGCAGUAUUAAACAUAGUAUGAACAUAUCAUACACUAAGCAAUUACCAUUAAUAUUGUGUACAGAAGAUGUGUAGAUAAAUGCACUUUUGGAUUUCUGUAAUAGUUCAGCUUGUGCGAUUAGGACAGGACGUGCAUACCAUUUCUCCCCUAUUCAAUUGUCAAAGCAUUGCAAAUCCAUAUCUGAAAAAGCAGUGUGGUUGUCUCUGAAAAAAACUUCCAAAGUGAAAGCGCUGAUAAUAGUGGUACAGUAUUUUCAAGACAAAAUGUACCAUAUGUAUAUUUACAAACGCUUUUAAGUGUUCUGUGUACGAAAAGGACAGCCAACUUAAUGAGGAAGUGUCUUAGUGUAUUAAUGUCAUACUAUCAGUGAUCCAGUAUGUGAACUCUGAGACUAAAUGCAAGCAUUUAUAAUGUGAUGUUUGUGUAGUUUACUCCAUCAGUUUGAUGUUUGUGUAGCCUAUCAAUUGUCAGCUGUGUUUACCGGUAAUAAUUUAAACUGGAAACUCCAGAUGGUUUUAUUUAUACAUGCUUAUGUUUCUCUUUUUUUUGUUUACUCUUUGUUUCUG